AUGUAUCGAAAUCGUAAAUUUGGAAAAGCGGCAAGGACCAAAAGUACAGACUCGAAUGAUGGCAAACGAGCUCUUAACACAAUUGACGAAAAUUCCACAAUUAAAAUACCGCGUCUACUGGAUGAUAAUGAUAAAACAAAUGAUAAUAGUAACGUACAAAAUGUUGAAGAAAUGUAUAGCAGUGAAGAGAAUAUUCCAGCAUCGCAGGAGCCCACUCAGAGAUAUUUAUCACAACGCAGCACUAUAGCAGCUACAUUGGGUAGGACCCAGUCACGUCUGAACAGUUCCCAGAGACCACCAAAUACAUAUUUUGAGCUUGUGCUAAUGAAGGCCGGUGUACAACUGGAUGAGGGAGAUAAUUUUGUUUUGGCUUGUGAUCAUGUUGCUUUUGUUAGCAAAUUACGUGAUCUACUGGAUAGAAAUCAAAAUUUCAAAGACAACUACGAGAUGUUCCGCAAUGGUCUACGCGAUUCGUGGACAAAAUUUGCCUUGAAGCUAUUAACAGGUUGCACAAUAAGUAUACCAGGCGAGGAGAGUAUUUAUCAAUCGCAACAUAGUAUGAUUGUGAACUUUUUUAUGAUUGAUGGUUUACGUGAUCGUGUAUUAGAUCUACUAUUGGAUAAAAUCGAGAAAACUGCAUGUGAAAAACCGACAUUCACGUCAAAUAUAAAUGUUCCACUGCUGCCACUUAUGUUGGCACAAUUGCAAUAUGUUGCCUGUACACAUAGUAAUAUCAUCUAUGAUCGUAUUAAGAAAAUAUUUGAAAAAUGUUUGGAUCAAUCUAAAUGGGAUAUUAUAUCAAGUGCUGAAAUAAUAAUUGCACCAAAUAAACAUGAUGAAUUUGCACAAAUGUUAAUUGAUAACAUGCCAAAUAGUUCGGAGUUAUUUAAAAGUGUAAAUAUCCAAACACUGACCAAUUUAAGUCUAUCUUCAUACUUGCAAGAAAAGUUGAGAGCAAAGAUAUUGGCAUAUAUAAAGGAUGGGCAGUGCCCUAAAAAGACUCUCCCCCUUUUGGUCAAAUUUCUAUUGAAAAUUCUUGCAGAAGACAAUGAGGAUAACAUGAAAGAGCUCGUCACUACACUACGUGAAAUUCUUAAUUGGAAUGAGAACGAUGUAACAGCAUUGGCCAACGAUAAACAAUUACAAUUAGAAUUAUUUAGUUAUAUAGAACAGGGUUUUACACGUUCCAAAAAAUUCUAUGGCAUAUGGCAGAAAACUAUAGCUUCCAUAAAAUCAUCAAAUUUUAAGGCAAUCGAUUUUAUUAUAGUUUUGCUAUUAAUACACAUAAGAGAAGACAAUUCAUUGUAUAUUGAAAAUAUUUUACGAAAACAUGUCCGUCAAAUAUCAACAUCUAUGGUACAAGAUAUACGUAAUAGAUAUGCACCAGUAUUGGAACAUCACUGGCAUAUUCUAAUGCAAAUUAUAAAUGGAUUUCUGAGAGAUAAACAUAAAUCCGUUGUUGAUUUUGCCCGAGUUGCGUGUGGCUCAUUCUUUGACAUAUCCGAAUCUGUACAAAAACUUAUCCUGAAAAAGUUAUUGGAAUUAACUUGUGAAAAAUCGAAUCAAAAUACCACAAAUUUUGCACUAAGAAUGUUACGUGAUUUAUGGCAAUUAUAUCCUAAAAUUAUACACAACUGGGGCAUGUUAUUAUUGCCCUUUUUAGAUCACAUUCAUGAAAUGUCAUUAUCUCAGACUCGUAUUGUUAUGGAAUUAUUGUCGUCUAUAGCAUUUCCUGCACCUACAUUGGAUGAAUGUACAACACUGCAAGAUCAAAUAGAUAUGUUAAUUAAGAAGCAAAUAAUUAAUCGUAAUAGUUCUGUUAAAAAACAAGGUAUAAUAAGUGCUGUACAAUUAAUCGAUUGUAUAGCACGUGUAGAACAGUCUGUAAUACAGGCUGACGAUUUCGAAACAACAUUUAAUACGGUUAGUGAUUUACCAGAUGGUAGAGGAAAAAUUGCUGCAAAUUAUAUGGUUCGUAUACAAUCCUCGACCAUGAAUUCACCCGAAUGUUUGGCUUUAUUCUAUGAUGAAUUGGCAAAUGUAUGCUCCGCAGGCGGAGAUGAUCGGGCAAAUGGUUUACUUUUAGAUAUACCAUUUGUAAUAUGGUUAUGCGAGCUAAUGACCUAUUAUUUUCAAAAUAGUUUUGUGGCUGAACACAAUCCUGAACCAAUACAGGGUAUCAAUCUGGUUUAUAUGAAAUGUAUAAAUACCCCUCAGGAUGCAAAUACCGAAGAAAGUGAAUUGCCACAAAUUGCCAUAAACAUUGCUGAAUUGGUUUUGAAGCCAAGCAAUGAAGCAAUAUCAUCGAUACUGGUUUUAUCACCCCUAUUCAAUUUAGUACGUGUCCUACAUAUGCAACGCUAUGAGGGAAGUUUAGAAAUUAUCAAUGCCCUUUUGGGUUGUGCCAUUAUCCUACCCAGUUUCUUUGAUGAUCCCAAUUUGGAUGCCAUAUUCUAUGAUUAUGAUGAGCCGAUGCAAAAGAAAAUUCUUGAUAUGUAUUUUCAUUGUGUCAAUUGGAUACGUGAAACCGUCAGUUCAUUUGCAACACAACGUGAAGAAAUGAUACGUAAAAAAGUCCUUCAGCGUUUAGCCGAUCUGAUUAGUAUUGAAGAAAAAAUAAGACAUCUAUUGCAGAAGGCUCCACGUGAUUAUAUACCACCACAAUGUCAUUUCAUAAGUGAUAGUUUAAAUUCAUGUAAUAAACCAAUAAGUGGUGCCACAGGCAGAGGUCGGCCGGCCGCAGCAACAACGGGUGCCGCUAACAGAAAAGCAACAAAUAAAACUAAAAUCACCGAAAAUGAAACAAUGAAUUUGGAUGAUACAAAUAUCAAUGAUACAACAACAAGGCCAGCUGAUAUAACCAGUAAAUUGGCGGGAGCUAAUAAAACUAAAACAUCGUUUAAAAACAAUUUUGAAAAUCUCUAUGGGCCCAAGGAAAUUUAUAGGCAAAUGGAUACCAACAUAAUAUUGGUAUUAAAAGAAAAAUUCAAUAUUAAAUAUCCCCUGCCCGUGGAAUGUCUGGGCAAUGAAAUGGGUCUCCUAGAGUUACGAUUUAUUCUUACGGAUAUUGUUAGCAAAUUGGAGUCUGUCGUUGGUAUACAAAAAUUCCAAUCUGAACAAUCUCUACAAUACAUUGCUAAACCUGGUCAUUUUAUGUGUGAUCUUGCGGAAUUUAUUUACAUAAUUAGCAAGGAUUUGGAAAUUCUUUCAGAUGCCAUCAAUACCAAAUUAGAGGAAGUUCAACGAGUUUACAGCCAUGCUGAUUUGUUUACCGAAGAAUUUAAUCUCUUAAAGGUUUGUUUCGGUCUAUGUUUACGAUUAUUGGUAGCAUAUUUUUCCUGGUCCGAGUGGUUUGUUAGUGAACAACGUAUCAAUAAAUUGAAAGAAUCCCUUUUGGUGUGUUUGGAUCGUAAAAAAGCCCAAAGUUUAAAAACAAAAUCGGUUGGCAUUAUAACGGCGGAAGUUUUCAGCACUUUUAUAAAUUAUGAAAAAUCAGUGGUAGAUUUAAAAUCGGCUGUUUAUCUCUAUCAAUUGAUGAUCAAUCUUAAUAUACUCUCCAACAAAGAUGCCAAAGAUAAGCAAUUGCAUGAAAUACGUUCCCUAUGUCGCACUUUGUUGUGCCGCAAAUGGUUUAACUAUGAGGGUUUAUUGGAAAAAGGUGCCCAGUGUAAUAUCUAUUUGGAUGAAUUAGUUAAAGGUUUCCUGCGUGACUCCGAUUUCAAGCGCCAACGGGAAAUAUUACGUGCCGUUAGUGAGGAAUCAAAACAUCUAAAUGGCAAGGAUACAUCUCUUAAAUCCUUUCCAAAUUUCAAAAAAGCCAAUUUCCCCUUGUUCUUCCGUGGUUUAUGUGAAAUUCUCAUUACCUCGAUGAAUGAUAGAAUUACCGCCAAUGCCCUAAAAUCAAAUGACAAACUUGAAUUAUGGGAAUCCAGUUGCAAGUUAUUAAAUAUGUUAUUGGAAAUUGUACAAGGUUUGGAUAUUCCGAGAAAUUUCCAAAUAUUUGUUAAGUAUUCCCACUUGUAUUUAAAACUUGUCUUACAACAUGGUUUGCCGGUGUUUGAAAAAUAUUUACGACAAAAUCCAGAUCGUGUUUGUGAUUUGAUUAAGACAAUGCAAACAACAACCAGAUAUUUACAUCAUUUAUGUUGCCACUCAAAAGCCAUUAAAAACACAGCCAUUGUCAGUCAAAUACCAUUUUUGCGGGAAACUGUUGAAAAUUAUGUUUUUCGUGUCAAGGCGUUAUUGACGGCUAAUAAAUGUGCUUCUGUCUUUACAAUGGGUAAUUUGAAAAACAAGGAUAUACAUGGCGAUGAUUUGGUAACACCGUCUGCCUCGAUGCGAACGGCCAGCAGCCAUGAUAGUGAUGAGGAAAUACCCGAUGAUGAUGUUAGUGUGGAUGAAACUGUAAUGGGUUGUGAUGAAAGUGAAAAUUCCCGAAAUGAUCGUAGUAAAUCUUCGUCAAGAAGUAAAUGUUUUUGAA